AUGGCACGACACCUCAGAACCGUGGUGGUUUGUGGAAUCCUCCUCGUUCAGAUUUGUCUGUUCAGGCCUUCUGCUGCAGAUGUUGCAGUGGUAACCCCUCAAGAAGUAGCAGAUGCUGCAGCAACAUCCGAAGCAGAAAGUGCUGCUGAUCCUGUUGAAGAAGAAAAAGAAACAGAGGAGGUAGGAGAGGCCACCGAAGCUCCAGUCACCCCAGAACAAGAAUCUCCCGCCGAUACCGCAGCAGCAGCAGCAACAGAAACAGCAACAGCACCAGCAGCAGAAGCAGAAGAAGAAGUAGAGGCUGCUGCUGAAGAGGAAGCUGAAGCUGUUGCUUCUGUUGAAGGUGAUGCGGCAGAGGAAGAGGAGUCACCCUCUGGCGUAGAUUCCAGCAGCGGAUCAGAUGAUGAUGAAGACGAAGAAGAUGACGAUGAGCCUCUUUUAGGUAAUUUGUUUAAUGAGGAGGAAGAAGGCAAUGCUGGUGAAGAUGCAUUAAGUUCAGUUGUUCGGCGUUUAUCUUCUCUAGAGACAGUCGAUGAGGGUGCAGAGGAGAGUGCAGAGGAGGGUAAGGGAGCAGCAAAAGGAGCUCUUGAUGCUGUUGCAGCAUUGCUGAAGCCUGAAGUUCUUGCUUCUCUUAGUGUAGAAGGAGAAGACAACGAAGCAGGAGCCAAGGCUGCUGCAGACCUGGUGAAGCAUCUGUUGACGUUGGGGUUGAAUGUACAGGAGAAACCAGGUGGGGGGGCCCUGAAACUAGAAGAUAUGAGCGAGGAGCAGAUAGACGAGCUGUAUGAUGCAGCAACACAGAUGCUGCAGCUGAUGCAAACACAGAUAGGGGGAGCAGGAAAGGUAUUAGAAGAAGCUGCUGCUGCUGCUGCAUCUACUGAAGCUGCAGCAGCACUAGAAGCCCUUAUAGCUCUUGCAAAGGAAGCAGUAAGUGCGCUUGAGGGGUCAGCAGCAGCUGCUGCAACAGAAGGUGAAGAUGCAGCAGCAGCAGCAGCAGAGAGACAUAUCUAUGGAGAGAUGGUAAGCAGAACAAAAACAUCUGCUGCUGAGCUGCGUACAGCUCUAGAUGAAUUUAUAAAGGCUCUGGGUGACCUUAUCGUAUACACUGCACAAACAGAAGAGCAGCAGCAGCAGCAGGAGCAGCAGCAGCAGCAGCAAGAAGAAGGAGCAGCAGCAAGAACAGCAGCAGAAAGAACAGCAGAACAACUUAAACAAUACCUCGUCAGCAGCAUGCAGUCUGCUGCUGAUACACUCGCAAAGACAAACCCAGACCUUCUUGAGCUCUUCGCUCGCUUCUAUAAACUCCUAAAAGAAUCAGCAGCAGCAGCAACACCAGCAGCAGCAGCAGCAGCAGCAGAAACAACUAACUGA